AUGGCGCGACUCAAUGAACCCCCAGUGUCUACCGACAAUCUUGAUAUCAUUCGAAGAAAACUUCUCCGCCAGAACAGAGACCUUGCGAGGGCCAAUUCCACCCAUCUACUUCGCAUCCGAACGCUCGAGGCACAGAAUGCCCAGCUCAUGUCCGACAAGCUUACCCUCGAGGGUCGCAUUAUUGCUCUGGAACAACAGCCCGAACCAGACAGCGAAGCCCACAGGAUAGCUGAUCAUGCGAUCGACAUGCGCACUCAGCUGGAAGCUCGCCUACUCCAGUGCGUCGAGAUGCUUGGGGAGCUGGGGACCGCACCGCCCAGGAAGCGACACGCAAACGCCAGACAACGCAGAGAGUCGACAGCAGCUCGCAUCUCUCUCAACCGACGUAGCCCUGCAGCCCGUCGUAUUCGCCCAUUUGAGACCCAGGAAGAAGCCGAAGCCCGUGCCAAGGCUGAGGGCAGGUUGACCCCGAUUGCUGAGAAGAGAGACUGGACCUCCCGUCGCACCAUGGACCAGAGCGAGAUCAUGGCUUUGUGCAGUGCUGCCGAUACCACAGACUCUCCGGAAUUGGGCCCCCCUCCCAUGUCGCGAUUUGUUGAUAUCGACACCGACCCCGUCAAGACAUCACCCAGCAGAGCUCAACCUACGAACAAACAACUGAGCGUCGACGUCAAAUUUGAGGCGCCAGCUUCACCGAUUUCGCCUGCGCCGACUAAAAUGACCACGCCUGUCAAAUCUGAAGCGGCCACGAAAGAACCAGACGAUGCUAGUCAGGUCGAAACGGACAUUUCCAGUCCCACACCCGUCAAGAAGCAGAAUGCACCGGAAGUUGCGAAAACAAGCUCCAAGCGGAAGUUUGGAUCGAAUGACGUGCUGAACACGACAGCCUCUUCCGCCGCCGUGUCCACAGCGCCAAGGCCUCGUAGUACCAUCCGCACCGAAGGAAAGAACACCAAGACAUUGAAGGAGCUGGCGAGCAUUCGACGCGAAGCGAAAGAUAGCUUGACCGCUCCCAUCACAACUGCUCGAAAGCCUCUAUCGAAUAAGAGCACCAAUGAGGACAUCAUGUCACCCAAAAAGUCUUCAAAGCCCGCUUCGAAAGAUGACCUCACAAAACCAGACAGGGGUCUAGACGGGGUUCGCAAGGGAAAGGCAAAGCCCAAAGCCAAAGACUCGGAGACGCCUGGCAUCGUCGUCCCACUGGCACCGCUGGUGCCAUCAAAGCCGACUGUCAACGUCAUGCCAACUACCAAGUCCGCCAUGAUCGAACCUGCUCUCAUGUCGCCGAGGUCGCCUGAGCCCACACCACCCAUUUCGAUGGCUCGCGACACCCCACCACCAGCGGAUAUCUCAUCCAAGGGUGAGACGGCACGACCAGGCAGACGCGCAAGAGCGGCUGUUAGCUACGCCGAACCUAACCUCCGAGACAAGAUGCGGCGGCCGACCAAGGAACUUUGUGACGCUAUCACUGGCGAAGGUCGUGCACGGUCCCGAAUGUCAACCUCCAGAGCCGAUGAGCCAGCUUCGGCGGACCAGGCCAUUGUGAAGCGGGAGCCAGUGUCCGACGAGUCAUGGAAGCAUUUGGCAGCUGCCAUUCCCACCACGUCCGAGGCCUUGGAGAAACCCGGCGCAGCAAGCCCUUUGGCCAAGAAGGCUCCCGUGGCAGCUGACAUUGCCACGCGCAGCAGUGAGGGUGCCGAAACACCGAAGAAGCAGGUUUCCAAGAAGGAGGUCGAGUCCAGAUCCAACAAGAAUAGUCCGUUGGCUUCACCCACGACCGACUCGUCAGUUGAUCCUUAUGAGUUCACUACGUCCACGCCAAGCGGUGAGGUGAACACUGCGCAAGACGACUCGGACAAGCCCGGAACCAGACGGCUGUCCAGAUCUAACAGGCGACUCUCAUCAGUUGUGCGGGAAGACUUUGCAUACGAGCCAACUGAGACGGUCUUGAAGGACAAGACAAAUACGGCAACAAGAAAGAGAGCCUCGAUGGCUCAUGCCCGACCGGAGAUGAACAAGAUGAGCGAUGACAGCCCUGACACAUCAGGUAGCGCCGACUCGCAAGACGCACCGUCUCGGGCGUCGAUGAGGAGGAGAAGCAUGAUGUUAUGA